AUGGCCAAAAAAUUUGUGACAAUAUAUUCAUCGCUUGUGUUCAUACUGUGCUCAAUAAACGAGUGUCUAUCGGGUGGUAAUACUAUUAUAUCGGGUGCGGGACACGGUGGUAUCGGAACACUGGUCAACACCAACGGUCACAGGCGUACAAUAAUUACUGGUGGCGGCGGUGGUGGUGGUGGUCACGGUGGCGGUCAUGGAGGAGGCGGCGGACCCAUAAUUGUUAAGACAAGUGGAGGCAAAAGAGGUGGCGGAACUAUUAUUAUUAUUGGUGGUGGCGGUGGCGGCGGUCAUGGACAUGGACACGGUGGGGGCGGACCUACUAUAGUGAAAACGGGAGGUGACAAACGUAGUAAAGGCAAAAAUAUCAUUAUUAUUGGCGGUCACGGAGGCGGCGGGGGUGGUGGUGAACAUCAUGGAGGACAUGAUGGCGGACACGAACACGAGUCCCAUGAAGUUAGUCAUUUUAGCCACGGGUGGGAAGGGGGUCACGGAGGUGGUCACGGGGGUGGGUGGUGGAGGAAAAGGUAA